GAGAGGAAGUGAGUCAGUGUAGAGGGAGGGCGCCGGUCUGUGUGGCAUUGUCCUUGGACCAACGGCACCGCAGUACCUGGAAACUUGCGAGACAAGCAGAUUCUGACCCAGAGUCAGCACUGCCGUCAGGCCUCAGGGGAGUCUGUUGUUAGGAGAUUCACAGAGCUGAGGAUCCAUCAAUUGCCGUCUUUGAGACCUGCUAGGACUCCUGACCCAGAGGAGGCCCCCGCCAUGAAGAUUCUCCUGCUGUGCAUGGGGUUGCUGCUGACCUGGGAUGAUGGCAUGGUCCUGGGAGAGCAGGAGAUCUCCGAUAAUGAACUCCAAGAAAUGUCCACUCAAGGGAGUAAGUACAUUAAUAAGGAAAUUCAAAAUGCCGUCCAGGGAGUAAAGGAGAUAAAGACCCUCAUAGAAAAAACCAAUGCGGAGCGCAAGUCACUGCUGAGCAGUUUAGAGGAAGCCAAGAAGAAGAAGGAGGAUGCUCUAGAUGAGACCAGGGAUUCUGAAAUGAAGCUGAAGGCCUUCCCGGAAGUGUGCAACGAGACCAUGAUGGCCCUCUGGGAAGAGUGUAAGCCCUGCCUGAAGCAGACCUGCAUGAAGUUCUAUGCCCGUGUCUGCAGAAGCGGCUCUGGUCUCGUCGGCCGCCAGCUGGAGGAGUUUCUGAACCAGAGUUCACCCUUCUACUUCUGGAUGAACGGCGACCGCAUUGACUCCCUCAUGGAGAGUGACCGACAGCAGAGCCAAGUCCUAGACGCCAUGCAGGACCGCUUUACCCGGGCAUCUGGCAUCAUGGACACGCUUUUCCAGGACCGGUUCUUCACCCACCAGCCCCAGGACAGCCACUACCUCUCACCCUUUGGCUUCCCCUCACACAGGAGACCUCAUUUCUUAUACCCCAAGUCCCGCUUAGUCCGUAGCCUCCUGCCUGUCUCCCACUUUGGGCCCCUGAGCUUCCACGACAUGUUCCAGCCUUUCUUCGAUAUGAUCCACGAGGCUCAACAAGCCAUGGAUAUUCAGUUCCACAGCCCAGCCUUCCAGUUCCCGGACAUGGAUUUCUUAAGAGAAGGUGAAGAUGACCGUGCAGUGUGCAAGGAGAUCCGCCACAACUCCACAGGAUGCCUGAAGAUGAAGGGCCAGUGUGAGAAAUGCCAGGAGAUCUUGUCCGUGGACUGUUCGGCCAACAACCCCGCGCAGGCUCACCUGCGCCAGGAGCUGAACGACUCCCUCCAGCUGGCCGAGAGGUUGACCCAGCGGUACAACGAGCUGCUUCAUUCGCUCCAGACCAAGAUGCUCAACACCUCGUCCCUGCUGGAGCAGCUGAAUGAGCAGUUCAACUGGGUGUCCCAGCUGGCGAACCUCACCCAGGGCGAAGACGAGUACUACCUCCGCGUCUCCACCGUGACAACCCACUCCUCGGACUCAGACGUCCCCUCCCGUGUCACUGAGGUGGUGGUGAAGCUCUUUGAUUCUGACCCCAUCACAGUGGUGUUGCCAGAAGAAGUCUCUAGGGAUAGCCCUACGUUUAUGGACACAGUGGCGGAGAAAGCGCUGCAGGAAUACCGCAAGAAAAGCCGAGCGGAAUGAGGCAGAAGCAUCGUUUUCCCACAUGUGGGGGCCUCUAGGAGUGAAGCCCCCCCCAACUCCCUGAGGUUGCCACAGACCCCUCGCGAGCUCCGCAUGUCUCCACACGAGUCGGCCUCAAUCCCAGCAACCUUCGUCUGGAUUCUGCACUCUAAUGCCUACACUUGCUGCUCCUGGGAAGAACUCCCCCACGCAACUAAUCCAAUAAAGCCGCCUUGUGAUCUGUU